AUGUCCGACCCUACUUUUGAUCGAUGCUUUCGUGACUGGGAGCUACUUGAUCAGCAGCAGGCGCAAUUUAAGGUGUCCUAUGGCGCCAUGCUCAUGGCCAGCAUCUAUAGCUUCCUGAUAGUCGCAUCUGCCGUGGCUGUCUAUCAGCUAAGUGGCAGUGGUCUGCACGCAAGGACCAAGAACACUCUGCUGGCAUCGGUCGUGCUGAUGUUCCUCAUGGCCACCGCGCUCUUGGGUGGAAUGAUGUACAACGUCUACUACAUCGCGACUUCAGCCUUAGGCAACUUCGAUGAGUCGGGCUUCUUCUCCUGGGACUCGGCCUUCGCUUUCAACGUCAUCCAGGCGGUUGCUUUCACCGUCAAUGUCGUGAUUGGACAAACGAUUGUUCUCUGGCAUACGUGGGUCAUCUGGGAGCGCCGCAAGUGGGUGCUUGGCGUUGGUAUCGUGAUGUCCAUCGCUACUCUCGCAUCAUGGAUCGUCGCUGCUUUGUAUGGUCUCAUGAUCAUCUCUGCGACUGUCUCCCUCGCCGUGAACUUCUGGUGUACGGCGAUGAUCAUUGGCAAGACGAAGUUGCGUCCCCGUGCUACCAGGAACACCACUGCCUUCGCACAGUUUAACCAGCCACCGACCCUUGAACGCCUCUUCGUCGUUGUCGUCGAGUCGGGGCUGGCGUACACAUCUCUCUGGCUUAUGUUCGCAGUCGGAGCGUGGACUACUCAGCUCUUCGCCUUCCUGAUGCAAAGCAUCUUAUCCAUCGUCGUAGCUUUGCAUCCCACCAUUCUGGUCCUGCUUUUGGCCAGCCACAAGACCCUUCUCGGCGGCGAUGCGCCCCACGGCCACGCAGCCACGCAUCGCUCUCGCCCCUCAGAACAGCAUGCGCUUCGGCAUGUCGCAUCGCCCUCAGUGUCUGGACCAUACACCGACGACGAUAAUGCUACGUUAUCGGGGUCCCCGAAGACGCACGGCAAGACUCUCAGCAUUACGUCCGUGUGA